CUUAUCUCGUAGUGUUACAGAUACACCAAACACUGGGGUCGCAUGCGAAUACCGAUUUGUAGGAGUAAAUUGGUCAAUUUACUAAUCUGUAUACGCGCAGGAAAAUAGUCCGGGCGGUCGUUUGAUAAUGUACGAGUAUAAAUACGCGUAUGGCAGCAAUGGAUUUCCACUUAAUAUAAAGAGAGACAGAACCGUUUUGUCACAAUCGGAUAUUUUGUUUUAGUUUUGUUACGUUCAAUUUUGUUGGACAUUUGUGAAUAGAAAACUUGUGGAAUUGUUACAAGGAAGCAAAAACUCAGAAAUGUUUGAUGACAAAAACAGACAAAUGACGUCCACAGUCACGUAUAUAUGUGUGUUCGUACUGGCCACCUCCGUAUGUCUGUCCGGCGUCUCUAAGGCGUAUAUAGACUGCUCCAUGGAGUGUCUCUUUGCAAAAUUUCGACAGCCUACAGUGUGCGAAUGCAACUACAAUGUCAAGUCGCACUGGGGGAAGCGCGCACCGAGGACGCAAACACACAGUGGUCUGCCUACGUUUAGAUACGGGAAAAGGGCGGCUUUCUUUGACGACUCUGAUUUAGAGGAAAAGGACAGAUUUGACGAACUCAGUGCAAUACAGGACGAAUUCUACCCGGGCCUGGACACGCGGAAGUGAACGUGAAACGACCAUCCGCUCGGCUCGUGUUCUUCGAGUCAUAGCAUCAACAUAUUGAAAUAUUAAAUAGGCAAUAGAGACACAUUGCGCUUUGUUUAAGCUUUCCUUAAGUCAUUGUUGAUGUUUUUCUUUUAGUCUACUACUAGUGGUAUAAUUAACUAUAAAUAAUUAUGUACGAUUCUAAUUAUUUAGAUAAAAUACAUGAUUAACCAAAAGAAACACGUAUUCUUACUUAUUCAUCAAUUUCAAAGAAGUUUGUGUGAAGCUUUUACUGGAUUUUUUUUUAAAUAAAACAACACUGAGUAUAAUUAUAUUAAUCAACCACCUUACAUCUCCUUUACUUAGAGCGCGUAAAAGUACUAAGAACUGCAUAUUGUAAAUAUUUGCCCUUUCCUUUUUAGUUUGGCAAAGCGAUUUUCUGUAUUUAUAAUUGAACUAUAUACUAUCAUGGUG